GCCGCCUGCCAGCAACAUGCGCUACAUGACUUGGGAUGCAGCUUUGGCAAGAACUGCGAGGGCAUGGGCAAAGACGUGCAGGUCGUUUGGGACCAUUCAUACAAAAUUGGCUGCGCUGUUACUUACUGUAAGGAAGUCGCAGGAAUCCCAGACGCAGCAAAUUUCGUUUGCAACUAUUCACCAAGUGGUAACUCUUCCAGGCAACCAUACAUAGAAGGAAAAUCCUGCAGUAAUUGUGAGACAGGAGACACCUGUGAAAAUAAGCUGUGUCGAAAUGCAGAACGUGACCGAUUCCGCUUUUAUCCAAGAUGGUACCCUCCCUGGGAGUCCCACAGUGAAUGUGAUAGGGCUUGCAUCACCCUUAUAGUUCUGAGAACAUUGCUGCUGGUUCUUACUCCUGUGGCUGCUCACUUUGCCAAAGCUCGCUGCUCAAGCUUCUCUCCACCUGCCUAGCUGCACCUGACGUGCAGCUUCUCUCCACCUGCCUGCUGAAGGUACUUGCUGAGCAAUUAGACAAGUUCAGACUAGCUUAACUUUAAAGACAACUUUCUUUGGUAGUAAUUUUCUUGCUAUUACUUUAUGCUCCUUAAAGAAGGCUAACAUGAAAAAAAAAAAAAAAAGUAAUUCUAUGUGGCUAAAGCUUAUAUUGAGAGAGCAGUAAGGUAAAGGUAGCUGAUAAAUUUUGCAGCUUCAUUGUGAAACAGCAAAUUUCCCCAGACUGUGACAUACUCUGCUCCUGGAAUUCAAGGAGGGAUGUGUGUGUUCAAACCACUGCUGCGAUUCAUACUAAGCCACAGCUCACAACUCCUUAACUUGACUGCCAGGAGAAAGCUGCCUUCAAAUUGUAGCCUCACUCCUGCUUCCUAGAGCAGCAGAAAGCUCUGAGUGAAAUGUCUGUUGGAAGAUGUUACAAACAGAUCCUUCUCUAGAAGUCCUGGUGGUUGUGAACUUCACACAACUUGAUAUUUGUAGGCUAAUGCAUUUAUUGUUGCUCUUUGGAGAUGUGAGGCUUUACCUGUAAGUGUUUUGUUCCUAACUCCCUCUAAACUUGGUGCUUCAUUGAAUGCUCUUUUAUUCCUUGUCUUAGCAUAUCCUGUUGCUACCCAGAGCCUGUUUUGUGUGUUCUAACAGUUGUAAAGUUCUCACAAUAAAAAGUAUUUUGUCUUGCAACUCA